GCUUAAAAUAGUACCAAAAUGGAUGAACACGACUAUCGGAGUGUAAUCAUUUACCAUGCACGGAAUCGAUACUACUACACGAUGCAACGGUCCGCACUGGAGGCGAUGGCCAAGUACACCAAUGACGUCGCGUUCCGCUUCCUGAACGGGCUCGCCCUGAUACUGGAUGGGUUUCGGCUUCAGGAAGGCAUCCGCGAGCUAAACCAGCUACGGAACGAAACGGACCUCGGUAUGGCGGUAACGCUCUGUCUGAUGUACACUCACAAACGGUGCCACAUCGUGGACAAGGAGGAGCUGAUCAGUCUCGAUGCGCAGCUAAAAGAGGAACGCAAGCGUCUAACGGCUCAAUCCGCUUAUUACGCCGCCUUGUUUCUUCAUCUGAGCGGCAAAACGGAGAAGGCCAAAGAGUACGCAGAUAAAGCACUGCGGCUGGCACCGAACCAUUCCGACAUACUAUCGUUGAAGGGAUGGUGCGAGCUGCUGCUGGGCAGGGUAAGCAAUCAAACGAUGGAGCUGUUUAACCGUGCGCUCGAACUUGGUGGCAAACAUCUGGACGCGUAUCUUGGGCAGGUUCGGUUUUACCAGCUAAACAACGACUUCGAUGCCGCUACGGCUGUACUGAACCAGGUUGCGGUUGGAUUUCCAGCCGUGAUCAUUCCACUGGUCGAGAAGAUGAAAACCCACCUUGCUAACUGGCACUGGGAGCACACUGCUGAGUUAGCGAAUCGUAUAUUGGCGGAGAAACCGGCCAGUCUGGAAGCGCUCACGGUGAAGAUUAUGGUGUUGAUCGUGAAGGAGGGCAAUUACACGGCUGGUGCAAGUGCGCUGCAGUAUCUGGCCAGCUCGGUUGAGAAGAUCGAACCGGGAAAUGGAGAACUGUUUCUGCAGCUCGGUCAACUGUAUUCGGUCGUUUGUGGGCGGGAUGCAAACGUGUUGGUUGAAACGUUUAAACUUGUCGAGCGAGCGGUUAAGCUGAAGGGUUCCAAUGCGGAAUAUCUGACCGAGCUGGGAUAUCAGGCGAUACUGCAGCGUCGCUAUCGAGAAGCGGUGGCACACUUUAAAAACGCCACAAAAGUAAACGAUAGUUCAAUUCGGACGCUAUGCGGUCUUACGCUUUGUCAGAUGUUGGAAAAUGGCGUAUCGGAUCAAGUGAAGCAACAACUAGAGUUUCUAUCGGAGGUGCAGGGCCGUACGCCGAACCCGUUGCUCCUGUUCAUGACCGCGAAGAUGCACGCUGACAACCAAGCCAAAGCAACGGAGCUAUUGCUGGCCGCAUCCGAAGCUCACUUUAAAAAUCUGAAAGCCAUCCCUUACGGGCCGGAAUAUUUGCGGCUGUUUAACCCGGACUUUCUGCUACAGCUAGUACACGAACUGUUGGCACAUUCGCCCGUAAAGGGAAUGUCGGUCGGAGGCACUUUGCGUUCUACGCCGGGCGAAUUGCAGCAGCAUCCGGUCCUGUUGCAAGCUGUUAACCUGCUGGAAUCAGUUGUGAAAGCUUGUCCGGGGCUUGUGGAAGCUGUUUAUCUGCUUGCCGUGGUACAGCGACUCGGCGGUGAGAUAGGCCUGGCAUCGGUAACGUUAAAUCGCAUCCUGCAGGAGCUUGAUCCGGCAUAUUCAAAUGCGCAUCUGCUACUUGCGGAAGUACACAUCGAGCAGAAACAGUAUCAGCGUGCCGCACAGAGCCUAGAGAUAUGCCUAAGCCACAGCUUCAAGGUGCGUGAAAACCCAAUGUAUCAUUUACUUUACGGCAUGAUACUGAAGAACCAGCAACAGUACGAGGACGCGCUGAAGAGUUUCUUUAUGGCGAUGAAUCUGUGUGGUAUCAGCAGUUCUGUUGGUGGUUCGGUUGGAGUGCCGUCUGCUGUUUCUGUCGCGGCGAAAAGCCACAGCGAUACAACGGGAACACAACAGCUUAAUAUAGCCGAUCGACUAACACUGUAUCUGGAGGUAAUAGAAACACAGCAAAAAAUCAACCAGCACACGGAAGCGCUCAAGUUGCUGGAAUUGGUGUCGACCGAGUUCGGCGGAACCUCCGAAGAAGGACGGCUGGUGCUGGCAAUGGCCGACUUUUAUCUGCAGCAAGGUAACCAAACGAAAGCUAUUGACCUGCUAAAGAAAAUGCAGCCAGACCAGCUGUAUUACGUGCAAGCCAAAACGAAGAUGGCGUACAUUUAUCUGAACCAUCGUAAAGAUCGCUUAACGUUUUCGCAAUGUUUUCGCGAGCUGGUAGCUAACUGUCCGAACGCCUCCAGCUAUCUGAUGCUCGGCGAUGCGUACAUGUCCAUACAGGAACCGGACGAUGCGAUCAAAGCGUACCGUGAAGCAAUCCGGCAAAGUCCGCACGAUGCACUGUUGGCAAGUAAGCUGGGUCGUGCGUACGUCCGAACGCACCAGUAUCAGAAAGCGAUAGCGUACUACCAGGAAGCGAUUCUACAUCCGGAAAACUAUCCACUGAAGCUUGAUCUGGCGGAACUGUACCUGAAGCUGAAACAGUACCAAAAUGCCGAACAGACGCUAGCGGAUGAGCUGAACGGUAAAGUAAGCGACUCCGAUGAACUUUCGGCCUUACAAGUGCGCACGAAGCAGUAUCUCCUGCUAGCCCGUAUACGGGAAAAGGCUGGACAACUAAACGCAUCUCUUCAGACACUAAAGGAGGCACGGGAUAAUCAGCUUAAGGUGCAACAUCGAUUACUGCUCGACCAAACGGUUACGGGCAUACCGAGCGAGCAGAACAAGAUGCUUGCAAGAAUCUGCGUCCUUAUGGCUGAACAGUCCCAGGCUAUACGUGACAAUGAGCAGAUGAUACACCACUACAAGGAAGCGCUAAAGUACAUCCCGAACGAUACAGGCGUAAUGGCGUCUCUUGCCCGUAUCUACAUGCAGCUGAAUCGAAUGGAUGAAUGCCAGGCAACCUGCGUCCAGAUCGUACAGCUCGAUCCGAACAACGAGGUGGCGCUGGUAAUGAUGGCUGAUCUGUCCUUCCGCCGGAUGGACUUUGAAAAUGCGGCCUACCACUUUUCACAGCUUCUGCUCUAUCAACCCACGUACUGGACAGCGCUGGCACGUUUGAUCGAAGUGCUGCGGCGCAGUGGCACCCUCGUCGAAGCGGCUACCUUUCUGCAGCGUGCCGAAGAAGAAGCCACACGGUCCGACUGUGAGGCGGGACUGAGCUACUGCAAGGGAUUGUGUGAAUGGUACCGUGGCAACCCAAACAGUGCCCUGCGGCUGUUUAACUACUGUCGCCGGAACGAGGAGUGGGGCCAGCAAGCGAUUUACAAUAUGAUCGAAAUUUGUCUCAAUCCCGAUGGUGAUCUACCGUCCGAAGGGUCCGUCAUCGAUAUCGGUGCGGACGAUCUGGAGAUAAAGGAUUCGCGUGCGAUGGCACUACGCACAGCGGAACGGUUGCUGAACGAGCUGAAGCCGCGUCCCGGUGUGUUGGACAACGAAGCGUUAAACCAUCGGCUGUUGGAAAAUUUUCUCCUAGUUGCAUCCCGCCAGAAACAUAACGUUGAGCAAGCGCUACAAAACUUUACCGCCAUCGCGUCACAGGAUGAGUACAUUGGGGCGAUCUACGGGAUGGCUGUAACGCACGUCAUCCUGAAGCAGAGCCAACGGGCCAAAAAUCAGCUCAAACGCGUAGCGAAAAAUGUCUGGACGUUCGAGGAGGCAGAAUAUUUGGAAAAGUGUUGGCUACUGUUGGCCGACCUGUACAAUCAAGCCGGCAAGUACGAGCUCGCCACGGAUUUGCUGAAGCGCGUGCUGCAGCACAACAAAUCGUGCACGAAGGCGUACGAGCUCGGUGGGAUUGCGUUCGAGAAGGAACAAAACUAUCGGGCAGCCGCGAUGUAUUACGACAGUGCGUGGCGUUACUGUGGCAAAUCGAAACCAAACAUCGGCUACAAGCUGGCGUUUAACUACAUGAAAAACAAACGGUACGCGGAUGCGAUCGAUAUCUGUCAGCAGGUGUUGAAAAUCCAUCCGGAGUAUCCAUCGAUUCGCAAAGACAUAUUGGAAAAGUGUCGUAAUAAUUUAAAAGUUUAA